CCCAAGAUCAUCCAUCCAUCCAUCAUUUGAUACCAUCAAGAAGAACAGACAGAGAAAUAUGCAUUUGUCUCUUAUUUCACUCUGCAUCAUUUUAAACCUGCAGCUGCUCAGGACGUAUCCCAUUAGCACCGGUUUGACUGACACUGACAUGGACAUCUUAAACCUGCUACUUCACAGACUACAAGAGUCAUUUUCACUGCAGACAGAAGUGGACCAGAGAGUCCCUGCAGAGCAAGAUGGCCUGGAUAGCCUGUAUACAGAGAAGGGAGCAGAUGGACAGCAGCCCCAAACUGGACUGGAUGAGGCAGCAAUCAGGGAAUUUUUCUCAGCUAAGAACCUGAAGAUCCUCCGCAACGAUUCAUCAAGGAGAUCCUCGGGUUGCUUUGGUCGACGGAUGGACAGAAUAGGCUCGAUGAGUUCUCUGGGGUGUAACACUGUUGGCAGAUACAGUUCAAAGUAAAGAUGAAGUCUUACCAUCUACGUUCUGGAACUGCAAUGCAUCUACCAAAAGAUUUUUAUCUGAUUGCUAUUUAUUUACUAAUAUUUAUUGACAUUGUUUGUGGCUUGGGGUAUAUUGACUUGAAUUGAUUGUAAGAUUGCUCUGUAUUAUGAAUGUUUUAAUAUAUUUCCACUUCUUAAAGUAAAGCAGACCUGUUUAAUAUCUAUCUGGAGUGAUCUCCAGUGGCAAUUUGUGAUUGUAUCUAAUUUACC